AACACGGUAGGCUUCUCGACUUUAACUGCGGCUGCUGCUGUUCCAUCGAAAACAGUCGCGAUCGGAUCGCGCUACGAGUCGCUCUGGCUUGCCUAGUCUGAAGCUUGCCACUAGCCGCGUUUUUUUCCGGCAGUGCCGCCUGUUUUUGUACUGUUUUUAUUCGCAAAAUUUGCACUGUGCAAGGUCUGUGCUUCUGAGCAACACCGGAUCCGAAACUGUAGGUGAACGAGCCAGCGAUUAUAUUAUCUGUGACGAACUGUUUGUGGUGGUGGUGAAAUCUGUCGAUUUUCGGUGAUCCAAAAUUUCAUGUGUUCAGUGAGCUGGGAAAUUGGAUUUAAGUGUAUCGAGAGUGCAAGUGAAGAAAAUCGGAAAAAUUUCUCCCGCUUCGUCAGCUGUUUCUAGAAGCAGUUCACUUACCGGUUCGGAAGAACGUCGUAGCAGUAGGCUCAACAUCCGCAUAGCCAUGGUUCAACCGAUUCAAAUUCUAGCAGCAGUUACUGCGAUUCUGUGCUUUUCCAGCAGUGUUCUGACAGUACAAUGGAAAACAACGCCGCACCAGGAGGAACAUGAUCGCGGCGGAACGGCUUUGCUCGAUCACUACUUUGUGCAUCACUUCGAUCAGGAGGAACCGGAGUCGGAUCAGGCGCCGUCCUUUUCUCGUCAGUCUGUUUCGAUUAACUGCCGGUGUGUCCAGCUGCGCGAGUGUCCGAAGAUUCUGGAGAUGUUACGGACUCCCAAAUCCAGUUACAGCGAUUUCAAUUCGAAAUUGAAACGACUUACCUGCGGAUUUGGGAUAGGGCGUGAACCGAGCAUAUGUUGUCCGCUGGAUGACAGCUGGUUGGCUGACGAGGAGGAACAGGUUUCGCGUACCGGUUUCGGCUAUGGGGAUUUGGAUAACUUAAAAUACAUGCAGUAUGGUAAGAAACAGUUCGGCUACGGGAAGGGAAGUGGACACGAGUACAAGUACAAUUUCAUAACGUCGUUUGAAGAUCCAAAGACCUUGAAAAAUUGUCCGCCGGUGAUCUAUCCCGUAGAGGACGUAGCUCGAGCCAGUAACCCAUACGUAUCUCCGGCCAUUCGCCGGAGAACUACGACGGUACGCCCGCGUGCGAUAGCCAGUAACACUCGUACUGGUCAGGAAAUAGCACCAGCUGUUGAGCCUGUUUCCGUGACGGCAACGGUUACGGAAGCUCCAGUAGCCGAAACAACCACACGAUUGACGGCGAUCGUGGCUCCACCGGUUAUCAAUGAUGCAUUAUGCGGACUCUCUGUUAACACUAGAAUCAUUGGAGGAGAAACGGAAAUUCCAGGACAGUUUCCGUGGAUGGCGCGGCUAGCUUAUCGGAAUCGAACUUCCGGUCGAGUAACGUACAGAUGCGCGGGAUCUUUGAUUACCAAUCGGCACGUGAUCACCGUUGCACACUGUGUGACCAAUCUGAUAGAUGAACUGGAACUGGUCAGCGUGAGGCUGGGCGAUCUUGAAUGCAAUGCCGUCACAGAUAGCCGCUGCCGGAACCGCUAUCAGGACUUCGCCAUCGAACGUUUGAUCCCGCACGAGAACUACGAUAGCCCAAAGUAUGCUAACGACAUUGCCCUCGUGAAGCUGCAGCAGACAACCGAGACGUACAAUAUUCUCAGUCCGCUGUGUCUACCGUUGGAUCAGUAUUCGGACUACGCUAGAAAUCUGACGGGCAAUACUGGGAUCAUUGCCGGAUGGGGUUCAACUAGUAAUAGAAGCAACACACCCAGCCCGACACUGCAGUGGCUCCGGUUGCCGAUCGUGGACACGACCCAGUGUGCCAACUCGUACGCUCGCUACAGCGUCAACUCCCGGACGCCGAUUAUCGUCUCCAGCAAUCAGAUGUGCGUGCAGGGUCAGGAGAACAUGGAUGCCUGCCAGGGUGAUUCCGGUGGACCACUGAUGAACGAAGCGAUUUCCAGCCGGGACCGGUUCGUGCUGCUUGGUCUAGUAUCGUUCGGACCACGGUCGUGUGGGGUUUCGAAUUUCCCUGGGGUGUACACCCGGAUAUCGUCCUACACGGAUUGGAUCGUGCGACAAAUGGCACUUUAGGUGUGUAAGAGAGGGAACGAGAGACAAAAGUGUGCUGUAUAUAGUUUUUAAAAUGUCGGAUUAAAUGCUUUUUAGAAGUCGUCAGUAGAAUCCU